UUCCUGUGUCUGAAGAACAUCCGUACGUUCCUGGGGGUGUGUCAGGAGAAGUUCCACCUGAGGAAGACUGAACUGUUUGAAGCCUUCGACCUGUUUGAUGUCAGAGACUUCGGCAAGGUGAUAGAUACCUUGUCCAUUCUGUCCCAGUCCCCCAUCUCCAUCCAGAAGGGUUUCCAGUCUUUCCCAAUAGAUGGCUGUAUUGCUGAUGAUGAUAUCUACAACGGUCUCUCUGACCAGAUUGAUGAAACAGUGGAUGAGGAUGAUGACCUUUAUGACUGUGUGGAGGAUGAGGAGAAUGAGGGGGAUGAGAUAUAUGAAGACCUGAUGAGGGCCGAUGAGCCAUCGGAGACGCAUCAGCAGAAGAUGGAGGUGGAUAAGAGAGAAUGCUGCCUGCAGGAGAUCAGACUGACAGAGGAGAAAUACACUGACACGCUGGAGUCCAUAUUACAGCACUUCAUGAAGCCCCUCCAGAAGUUCCUUCAGCCUCACGACAUAGAGAGCAUCUUCAUCAACACGGCGGAUCUGGCUGUAACCCAUCGUAGUCUGCUGGGGGAGAUCCAGACCUCGAUCUUAACCCUGAAUGCAGAGAACCUCUACCAGGUUUUCAUCAACUACAAAGAGAGGUUGUUGCCGUAUGGGCGGUACUGCAGUCAGGUGGAAGCAGCUACUAAACACCUGGACAAGAUGUCCGCCAUGAAGGAAGGAGUUAAGAUGAAACUAGAGGAGUGCUCUAAGAGGGCUAACAGUGGCAGGUUCUCUCUGCGUGAUCUACUCAUGGUUCCCAUGCAGAGAGUCCUCAAAUACCACCUACUGCUCCAGGAGCUAGUGAAACACACCUCCAGCAAUACAGAGAAAGAGAACCUUCGGACAGCUCUAGACGCCAUGAGAGACCUGGCUCAGUGUGUGAACGAGGUAAAGAGAGACAACGAGAUCAUCAAACAGAUCACCACCUUCCAGUUGUCUAUAGAGAACAUGACUCAGUCUCUGGCUCUGUACGGACGACCCAAGAUAGAUGGAGAACUGAAGAUCAGCUCCUCAGAGAAGAAGUCCAAACAGGACAGGUAUGCGUUCCUGUUUGACAAGGCGAUGCUGCUAGUGUGUAAGAAGAAGAGUGGAGAGACGAUGGAACUGAAGGAGAUUAUAGACCUGCAGUACUACCAGCUACGAGACGAGACCACCGGGGAGAAGGACAGCAAGAAGUGGUCACAUUUUUUCCUGCUUAUAGACUGUUAUGGGAAGUCAGGAUACGACCUUUUCUUCAAGACCAGAGAUCUCAAGAAGAAAUGGCUGGAGCAGUUUGAGAUGGCCCUGUCCAACAUGUGUCCAGAGAACUGUACUGCCAACAGUCAUGACUUCCAGAUGCACUGCUUUGAAGAUACCACCUCCUGCAAGGCCUGCAGUAUGCUCCUCAGGUACACACACACACACACACACACACAAGCUCCUCAGAUCCCAAAAAGUUCUACAGCUGCACCACUGAGAGUAUCUGGCUGCAUCAACUCUUGUUAUGGAAACUGCUCGGCCUCCGACCGCAAGGUGCUACAGAGGGUAGUGCGUACGGCCCUGUACAUCACUGGGGCCAAGCUUCCUGACAUCCAGGACCUCUAUACCAGGCGGUGUCAGAGGAAGGCCCUAAAAAUGGGGAUAUUCUUCCAGGGGUAUCGUUGUAGUCGUUGCAGAAUGGCCGCUCAUAAAGAAUGUCUGGGAAGAGUACCAGGCUGCGGACGCAACUCAGACCACUCAGGGAACGUGAAGAAGAAUAAGAAGUCAGCUCCUCACAGACAAGCCAGUCCAGGCCUUCCUACAAUGGAGGUGUGUCAGGAGUACUAUGGUUUACCUCCGCCCCCUGUAGCGUUCGGCCAACCACUGCACCUCUCCAUGGGUGAUGUCAUCGAACUGACAAGAGCCGAUGCCGACCUAACGUGGUGGGAGGGCAAGAACGUGACGAUUGGUCAGAUGGGUUGGUUCCCCUGCAGUAAGGUCCAGCCCUUCAUCUCUAGACCAACUCCCGACCUAUCCGACUUCCUAUGGUUUGCGGGGAACAUGGACCGGUCAGCGGCAAAGAACCUCCUGAUUUCACGGUCGGACGGAACGUUUCUGGUCCGCCAGAAAGACGGAGGAGAGUUCGCAAUCAGCCUCAAGUUUAACAUGGACAUCAGACACAUCAAGAUCACGUCAACAGAAGGCCUCUACCGCAUCAACGAGAAGAAAGCAUUCAAAGGGUUAAUCGAGAUGGUUCAGUUCUACCAGCAACAUUCAUUGAAGGAGUAUUUUAAGGAUGUGGACACCACCCUCCAGACCCCCUUCAAUCAGCCUGAACAGAGUGAUACACCCUUCAACACACCCUCCCCAGGUGGCAGUAUACGUUCGUUCGGCACAGCGAGGGCCAGGUAUGACUUCUCAGCCAGAGACCGUACAGAGCUGUCUCUGAGAGAAGGAGACACAGUCAAGGUCCUGUCUAAGAAAGCUCACAAUGGAUGGUGGAAAGGAGAGGUCUAUGGACGGGUCGGUCUGUUCCCAGCUAACUAUGUAGAAGAGGAUUACUCUGACUACUGCUGAUGUCGCCUCACACCUUCACCUGUGUGACUACUGCUGAUGUCGCCUCACUGUCACACCUUCACCUGUGUGUGAAAGAGACAGUGUGUCCCAAUUCAAUCCCUACCCCUUCCCUUGGCCCUAACCAGUGCAGUCAAAAAUGUGAUUUUACUGUUUUGUUUUUCAACAACAUCUUCACACUAUGAGGUUGAAAUAACACUCUGAAAUUGUAUAAAAUUACGAUAAUGUCCUUUUGAAAACAAUGCUUGGAAUUUCAGCCUGUUCAGGUGGGAUGGAGUUUUUGACCCACAGCAUGACAUCACAAUCUGAUCUGAUUUUUCUGACCAAUGACCAGUCAUCUUUUAUUUGCAUAUGUCUCCACCUACUUUGAAGGGGUAAGCUGGGUAGGCUCUAGUGCAGGGAUGGGCAACUCCAGUCCCACUGUUUCCCUAGCAAACACAGCUGAUUAAACUGACUGUAUUCUGAACUGAAGAACAUGAUCAUUGCAUUACUGGAGUCAGAUGUCUUAGCUGGGGCUGAAGUGUGACACCAAUCAGGCCCCCGAGGACUGGAGCUGCCCAUCCCUGCUCUAGAGUCUAGACAAUCCUAUCCACCAAUCAGAGCUGUGCAUGUAAAUAUAUUUACAUUUCUAUCAACACACCGACACGAUCAGACAGAGCAUUCCAAUGGCUGAAGGAGGCUCAGGGAAAUAAAUUAUAAAACAUU